AUGGCGCCUACCAGGUCCCAAGGCGCUUCCAGAAAGCUGGAAUUAAUCAGUGUCGGCAACAGGAUUGUUCACUUCAAGGUUUCCAAUAUAAAACGAUGCUUCAGUGUCCACGAAGAUCGCAUAUGCAAGACCUCAAGAUGCUUCAGAGACCGUCUCCAAAAAUAUUGCAAACCCACGUCCCCAACUGACCAAUGUUGCAUCUGCACCGAUACCCUCGAUCCCGUCAUCAAAGACAUCUCCUUCUGCACCGAAUGCGGCGAAAAUUUCCAUGAAUCAUGUAUGGAGACCUGGAAGAACUAUAGAAGAACCGCUAGGAGAAAGAAUUCACCAGCAAACUGUCCAAUGUGCCGCGUCAGCUGGAAGACAGACUCACCCCUCUCCAAUCUGGACGUAGAGACUAAAAUCGAUGCCGAGGCUGUGCAGAUUUACAUGGACUGGGUAUACGCAUCUACAUUUGAAAUUCCGGCAGUGAUCUUAAAGAGAACUGAUCCUUUCAAUCUCAUCUUGCUCAAACUGUGGGCCGUUGCCAACGCCUUCAAAGACGCUCUAUUCAAAUUGGAGGUUACACAUGCAGUUUUCGACAAGUCGAACGCACUAUUUGGCAUGGAAAGCGUAGACUGGGCUUUCAUGGAGCAAAAUUGCUGCGAUGAGAUUCGGAAGCUUGUG